AUGUCGCUCCUCCGGCGCGUAACGACAUUUCUGACGCCUACACAAUCGUCGGCAAACCUGAACGCCGGGUUUAGCACCGCAAAGACCGAGGCCGAUUUGUUUCCACCGACGGACCCUGCCAUAGACGGCGAACAAUGUCUACACGAUUGCUCGUCGUGUACUGUCCACUACCCCGCAAAGUUCUCAAUCGAUGAAGAUGACCGGUUGUAUGGCCACGUCAAGGGCUUCAAUGUACACCUUCUCGUCGGGACGGGCAAGACGGACUGGGUGCGGGACGUCACUGAUGAGAAACAUUCCGUCAUGGAAGCCGUGGGCAAGGUUGGACUGGAGAUGAGUGGGAAGAGGGGGAAGGUCAUGCUGAGUGCGAGUAAUUUUCCCAGCGGAGAGGAGUGUCAUGCGCACGGCGAGGAGGAGGGCACAGCAGACGUGAUGCUCCUGCCGAGCUGGAAACUCAUCGAAAAGGUACCGCCUAGUAAAGCGGGCGCCUUGAUGAGGGAGGUGGUCGAGAGGAGCAGCACAAACGACACACCUGUUGGCGGAAGGAGAGUGGUGUCGAACGGCGCGCCCAACGGACACACGGAAGCGGCGCUUACAACGGAGCAAGAGCAGGUGCAACAAGACGCAGAGCAGAAGCGGGCUGAGAAAGAGCAAGAAGAGGAAACACCGGACUUGUCAAGUCUGCAAAUCGGAGGUGGCACAGCACCACAAGGGCUCUCCGAACAAGAGCUACAGGAGGAGUCGCAACGAGGGUCGACUCUCGACCCAGCCCCAAUCCCACCAUCAAUAGCCACGUCGUUCAGGAUCCGACCUAUCCCUCACUCCUAUCUCAUCCUCAUGUGCAGUCAGAAGACCCGUGAUGCCCGCUGUGGCCAGUCCGCCCCUCUUCUGCGAAAGGAGUUUGAGCGCAUCCUGCGACCCAUGGGUUUAUAUCGCGAUGUCCACGACGACAGGCCUGGCGGAGUGGGCAUAUACUUCAUCAGCCAUGUUGGUGGACAUAAAUAUUCGGCCAAUGUGAUGAUUUAUCGAAGGCAGGGUCAGAAGCGGCCUGGCGAGGAUGUUGGCGCACAGAGGUUGGAAGACGAGGCGGUCCAGUUGAUUUGGCUGGCUAGGGUGCGGCCAGAGGAUUGUGAGAAUAUCGUGAGGUACACUAUCCUGCAGGGGAAGGUCGUCAAACCGAAGAGCCAGCUCAGAGGAGGUUUCGACCGCGAGAAGGGAAUGGCGAGUUGGUAG